AUGGAUGGUGGGGCUCAGCCGGCGGACACCGUCAUGUCGGAAGGUCAGCAGCCGCACCCGCCACCGCCGCAGCAACCCCCAAUCGAUCACAUACCGGCGACGCUCAGCCACGGCGGCCGAUUCAUCCAAUACAACAUAUUCGGCAACAUAUUCGAGGUCACCUCCAAAUAUAAACCCCCAAUCAUGCCCAUUGGAAAAGGCGCGUACGGCAUCGUUUGGUACCUACCUUCUCUUCACCUCAAGCUUUUGGCCCUUGUGAUGAUUGUUCUAGGUCUGAUAAUUUAUUGGUUUUUUGGGUAUUUAUUUGAAAAAAGCUCUGCUUUGAAUUCGGAGACGAAUGAGCAUGUGGCAUUGAAGAAGAUAGCGAAUGCUUUUGAUAAUAAAAUUGAUGCUAAGAGGACUCUGCGUGAGAUCAAGCUUCUUCGGCAUAUGGAUCAUGAGAACGUUGUUGCAAUUAGAGAUAUAAUUCCGCCGCCCCAGAGGGAAGCAUUUAAUGAUGUUUAUAUUGCAUAUGAGCUUAUGGACACUGAUCUGCACCAAAUCAUCCGUUCAAACCAAGCACUGUCAGAGGAACAUUGCCAGUAUUUCUUGUAUCAGAUUCUGCGUGGACUGAAGUACAUACACUCAGCGAAUGUUCUGCACAGGGAUCUCAAGCCCAGCAACCUUCUCCUGAACGCGAAUUGUGACCUCAAGAUUUGUGAUUUUGGGCUGGCCCGCGUCACAUCUGAAACCGACUUCAUGACAGAAUAUGUUGUCACUAGGUGGUAUCGGGCCCCAGAAUUGCUGUUAAAUUCAUCCGAUUACACUGCAGCCAUUGAUGUGUGGUCAGUCGGUUGCAUCUUCAUGGAAUUGAUGGACCGUAAACCGUUAUUUCCUGGUAGAGAUCAUGUGCACCAGCUACGUCUUCUUAUGGAGCUAAUUGGCACACCAUCCGAAGCUGAGCUGGAAUUUCUGAACGAAAAUGCAAAAAGAUACAUUAGGCAGCUCCCUCCUUACAAACGACAAUCAUUCACUGAGAAGUUCCCACAAGUGCACCCUCUCGCCAUCGAUCUUGUCGAGAAGAUGCUCACUUUUGAUCCUCGACAAAGGAUUACCGUUGAGAAUGCACUUGCCCACCCGUAUCUUAACUCUCUCCACGACAUAAGUGAUGAGCCUGUUUGCAUGACCCCUUUCAACUUUGACUUUGAGCAACACGCUUUGACCGAGGAACAGAUGAAGGAGCUCAUCUACCGGGAGGCUCUCGCCUUCAAUCCUGAAUAUAUGCCCAUGUGAUGAAGAAGUUUCGAACGCAAACAAUCAAGGUUAUCACAAAUUGUUUUGUUUGAUUUUUCUUCUCAAUUUCACGGCAGUGUGUGGUUGACUAUAUGUUGUAUUUUGAUCUUGGGAUCGAUUUCUUGUACAUAUAAGCUGUGUUCAAAACUUUAGACGAGCUCCGGAAUUAGAGACUUGAAUAUCCUGUAAUGUCUAGCAUGGUUUAUGCUCAUAUUGCUAGUGUUGUUAAGCAGGAAAAAAUAACCUAUGAUUUUUAUGUGAGUUAACUGGCUUGUAUUUUGGAUUUAUGGAAGAAGAGCUGACAUCCUGUAUUUUUUGCUUGCAAGAACAUUUGAGGUUAUUAUUUUGGCUGGUUUUAUUAUAU